UGCUUCUCUCUGUCCAAACUCCCAAUUCUCUCUCUCUCUCUCUCUCUCUCUCUAAAAGUCAUGGCACCAGCAUCUGAGCAGCACAACCCCAAAACGGUCUGUGUAAUGGAUGCCUCAGGCCGAUUUGGCUCAACCCUGGUCCAACGCCUUCUCAGAAGAGGCUACAAAGUCCAUGCUGCUAUUCAGAACCCUAGUGAAAAUCAGGGGCUUGAUUGUGAAAACAAAAACUUGAAAAUAUUUCAAUCAGACCCCUUCGAUUACCAUAGCAUAAUUGAAGCUUUGAAGGGCUGUUCUGGUUUGUUUUACUCAUUCCAGCCUCCUCAAGAUCAACCCACCUAUGAUGAGUUAAUGGCGGAAGUGGAAGUAAGGGCAGCGCACAAUGUGUUGGAAGCGUGUGCCCAAACAGAGACCAUAAACAAGGUUGUAUUUACUUCCUCUGCCACCGCCGUUAUUUGGAGAGACGAUCGUAAAUCUUCAUCGUCCGAUUUCGACGAGAGACAUUGGUCCGACAUUAAUUUUUGCCGUAAAUUUAAGUUGUGGCAUGCCCUAUCCAAGACACUAGCAGAGAAGACUGCCUGGGCUUUGGCAAUGGACAGAGGGAUGAAUCUGGUGUGUAUCAACGCAGGAUUGCUGAUGGGUCCUGAACUAUCGAUCACCAACCCAUACUUGAAAGGAGCGGCUGAGAUGUAUGAAGACGGGGUGUUUGUGACCGUUGAUCUAAAUUCCUUGGCCGAUGCCCACAUCUGUGUCUUCGAAGAUGUCUCAUCAUAUGGUCGUUAUUUGUGCUUCAGCCACGUGAUCAAUAGCACUGAGGACGCCAUCAAGAUGGCCCAAAUGCUUGAUCCUGCAUCUCCACAACCUCAAAGUCAUGACCAGGACAUGAGGAUGAUCCAGCAGAAAAUAAGCAACAAGAAAUUGAAUAAAUUAAUGGUUGAUUUCGAGAGUGGACCCCAGGUUGAUUGAUUCACAGCUGUCCAACGUUGUAUGCCUCCCAAGUUGAGGAAUCUGUCCUGUUAAUCAUAUAGUGAUGAAGUGAUUUGAAAAGAGGGAUAAAGAAAAUCCAACCGUCUCAAAUUGUACAAAUGUUGGGUUGUUUUUCCGUUAGCAAAAUGGCUAUAAAAUAUUAUUGUACUUUUGUAACACUUAAAAUGUUUGUCCAAAGGUUUUUUUUUUUUUUUUUUUUAAUGUCAAAAUUAAAUGUUAUACCAUUGUACACGUAA